AUGGCUAUUCCUCCGACGGCAUCGGGUUCAUCCGCUCUUAUUCCCGAUGUACUUGAGGCCGAGCAGGAGCGAUCGUCGGCGGCGCUGACGGCCUUCAAACGAUUCAGCCCUCCGACCUUCAACGGCGAUGUGAAGGAUCCGUGGUUGGUGGAGUCGUGGUUGGCCACGAUGGAAGCGUUAUUCGAGGACAUCUACACCCUCGAGAAGGAUAAAGUUCACCUUGCGACUCACUAUUUCGAUGGGUCGGCUCGAUUGUGGUGGACUCAAGUGAAAAAGAAUCACUCGUUGGAACCCGCUUCCGUUACUUGGGAGGGGUUUCGGGAGAUGCUGCUAAUGGAAUAUUUUCCCGAGAGUGACAAGCGGAAAAUCAAGGAGGAUUUGCGAAAGUUAAGGCAAGGUAGCCGGACGGUGCGGGAGUACGAGAGGGAGUUCACGCGCCUAGUCAACUGCGUGCCGAGCUUGGUUCACGGUGAUAGGGACCGGGCGGAGGCUUUUGAGUGCGGGUUGCGACUCGAAAUAUUCAAGGUUAUUCAUGCGUUCCGCUUGAAGACCUACGAGGAGGUGCUUGACCGCGCGCUUUGGGUGGAGCGCGGCAAUGCUAUUGCGCGGGAGGAACGCGAGGCAUUUGAGAAGUACAAGGAAAGGGAUAAGUCCAAGAAGCGAGCAUCUAGUGGAUCCGCCAGGCAGUCGAGUUCUAAGCGACCCCCUCGACCUCAACGAUCAUAG